CUUGUGUAAACACUGUAUAGUCAUGAAGAAGACGUACUACUGCUAUUUCCCCACUGGAGUUGGACUCUCCUUGCUGAGUUAUGUUUUAGCUAGCUUAGCCAUGACCACCACAAAUGUUACCACUGAUCAAUUAGCACUUCUUGAUUUGAGAGAUAAAAUCAGGUCAGAUCCGCAUCAAAUUCUGGCAAAAAACUGGUCCUUUGCAACCUCAGUUUGUGACUGGAGAGGGGUCACUUGCGGCUCUCAUCACUACAGAGUGAUUGCCUUGAAUAUCUCCAAAUUGGGUCUUACCGGCACAAUUCCUCCCCAACUGGGGAAUCUGUCCUUUCUAGUGUCGCUGGAUAUGAGCUGGAACAACUUCCAAGGAGAACUUCCCCAUGAAUUGAUCCAUUUGCGCAGGCUACGGGUCCUUAAUCUCACCGCUAACAAGCUAGGUGGAUCUAUUCCCUCUUGGGUCGGUUCCUUGCAAAAACUCCAUUACUUUUCUCUCAAGAACAACAGCUUUGCAGGUUCUAUCCCACCUUCUAUCUCCAACAUGUCCAACCUAGAGAGACUAAUUCUGUCAUAUAAUUCUCUGCAAGGAGCAAUUCCAGCGGAGAUUGGGAAUCUGAGUAAAUUGAAAACGUUAACCGUGAACUACAAUCAGCUUUCAGGUCCUUUGCCGGUGGAGAUGAUCAAUAUUUCCUCAUUGGAGACUCUGUCUUUUGAAGGUAAUAGCCUAUCUGGAAGUCUUCCGGUCAACAUGUGCGUAAAUCUUCAAAGACUCACGCGGCUUGACCUUGGCUUCAACGCGUUUGCUGGCGUCCUGCCGGCACAAUUGUCACAAUGUUCAAAACUCCAAAAGCUGUCGAUCUAUAGCAACAAAUUUAGUGGAGUGAUACCAGAAGAAUUUGGGAACUUGACGAUGCUCGACGAACUGGAUCUUGGCUCCAACGAAUUAAGCGGUUCAAUUCCGCCAAAGCUUGGACACCUAAAGCAUCUGGAAUUACUCAGUUUGAGCAACAAUAGCCUAACUGGUUCUAUACCAACUCAAAUAUUCAACAUCUCUUCACUACAAGUGCUGGACCUUAUGAACAAUAGUUUUUCGGGGAAUAUUCCAUCAACUGUUGGUUACGGAUUGAUCAACCUUGAGGAGCUUUAUCUCAGUGUGAAUAAGUUUGAUGGAGUGAUACCAGACUCGAUCUCCAAUGCAUCUCAACUGAGUAUUUUACAAUUGGCCGGAAACAAAUUCAGUGGUCCAAUUCCCAACUCUCUCGGGGAUCUAAGGGUUCUAACUAGACUAGAUCUCGCUGGAAAUCAUCUGACAACUGAACCUUCGUCAACAGAAUUGAGCUUCAUCAGUCACUUGACGAAUUGCAAUUAUCUAAAAGAUUUAUCAAUCGGUGACAAUCCAUUGCAUGGUUUUCUGCCAAUAUCUGUGGGGAAUCUUUCAACUUCUUUGGAAAGACUAUAUGCAUAUAGUUGUGAAAUCAAGGGGAAAAUUCCAGAAGAAAUUGGGAACUUGAGCAAUCUAUGGAUUUUGAGUCUACAUGGAAAUCAGUUGAGUGGAUCCAUUCCUCUGGCAAUCAAAGGUUUGCAAAAUCUCCAAGUUCUAUAUUUUGAAGAUAACCAAUUGGGUGGUUCUGUUCCAGAGAGUCUUUGUGGCUUAAACAGCUUAUACGUAUUAUAUCUAGACCAAAAUCAGCUUCAGGGGUCAAUACCCUCAUGCUUAAGCAAUAUUACUUCUUUGGGGGAAGUUAACUUCGGUUGGAACUUAUUAAACUCGAGCAUACCUGCUAGUUUGUGUAACCUCAAUAAUCUCCUGGCCUUGAAUCUGUCAUCUAAUGCUUUGACUGGCUCCCUGCCUCAAGAAAUUCAAAAUAUGCAGGCAUUAGCGGAUUUAGAUUUAUCAAGAAAUCGCCUUAAUGGGAAAGUUCCAAGUUCAAUUGGGGGUUUGGAAAGAUUAGCCAGCCUUUCUUUAGCACACAAUAAACUUGAAGGAACUAUACCAGACUCACUCCGACGUAUGUUAAGCUUGGAAAUUCUGGACCUAUCCAAUAAUAAUCUAUCAGGUCCAAUCCCAAAGUCCUUGGAGACACUUUUAUAUCUCAGAUACAUUAAUCUAUCUUUCAACCACUUGACAGGAGAAAUUCCCUCUAGUGGUCCUUUCAAGAACUUCACAUACGAAUCAUUCAUGUUUAAUGAUGACUUGUGUGGUGCACAAAGAUUUCAUGUUCCUCCUUGUAGUUCUCCUCGGAUUCACAGUCGAAAGAAAAUACUCCAAAUUUCAGGCAUUAUAUCAAGUAUUGCAGCAAUUGUAAUUGCUACAAUCAUGGUAAUUUUAAUUCUGAGAUGCCGAAGGAAGGAUGAAACUUCAGGAAAUACUGAUUUAUCCUUGGGAGUGCCUAAAUGGAUUUCGUAUUAUGAACUUGUUCAAGCAACCGAUGGUUAUGAUGAAAGCAAUUUACUUGGCAAAGGAAGUUUUGGAUCUGUAUAUAAAGGUACUCUAACAGAUGGGACACUUGUUGCUGUGAAAGUUUUCUCUUUGCUAGUAGAAAUUACUUCUAGGAGUUUCGAUACGGAAUGUGAAGUACUACGCAACCUUCGCCAUAGAAACCUAACUAAAGUGAUUGGUAGUUGCUCUAACCUGGACUUCAAAGCCUUGGUGGUUGAUUAUAUGUCAAAUGGGAGCCUUGAGAAAUGGUUGUACUCCAAUGACCAUUGCUUGGAUCUAGUCCAAAGAAUAAGCAUAAUGGUGGAUGUUGCUUCGGCAUUGGAAUAUCUCCAUUUUGGUUAUGUAACACCAGUGGUUCAUUGUGAUUUGAAGCCUAGCAAUAUAUUGCUUGAUGAAAACAUGAUUGCUCAUGUAAGUGAUUUUGGUAUCACAAAGUUUCUGGAUGAAGGUAUAGUGUUCUGCAUACCGAGACUCUUGCAACGCUUGGAUACAUGGCACCAGAAUAUGGACUUGAAGGGCUGGUGUCAACGAGAAUUGAUGUAUAUAGUUUUGGCAUAGUUCUGAUGGAAACAUUUUCAAGAAUGAAGCCGAGUGAUGAAAUGUUCAGUGAAGAUUUGAGCCUGAAGAGUUGGAUUGAAAAAUCUCUACCCACUGCAACUAUCCAUGUUACAGAUGCCAACUUACUCAAGCAACAAGAUGAGCAUUUUAAUGGGAAAUUGGAGUGUGUUUCAAUGAUCUUCAAUUUGGCUUUAAGUUGCUGCACUGAGUGUCCACAGGAUCGGAUGAAUAUGAAAGAUGUCUUGGCAGCGCUCAAGAAGAUAAAGCGCCAACUUGACACUUUAUCAGAUACUUCAGCACGAAAGCAUGUUCUUACAACUUAAUCCAACGAAACAAGAUCGUUCUAAUUAAAUAAUCUUUACAAUAUCUUGCGUUGCAGGACGAUACCAAGAUUUGAAACAUGAAGGAGAAAUAAAUUUCAUUGUCCAAGUGCUAUUCAGACCACCAUUGCCAGAAUUCUGCAUGGUUAGUUCCCACCAAAUCGCUUUCCUUGCUUCCCUGUUUAUUUAUAAUUCUGCAUUCUUUUGUUUAAGUCUUGGUUAUUUAUGUAGAAAUUCACAUAUUAUAUUUGGUGCAGUAGAUUCUGUAAAAACAAGGACAUUGGCAAAUGAACAAUCAUUGUCAUAAUUUAGAAUUCUGUUGUGCAUAA